UUCAACAAGGCUGUUGGAUACUGCCAAGGUUUCAAUGUGAUUGCUGCUUUGAUUCUUCAAGUGGUUGAGUAUCGCACGGAUGAAGCACUGAAGAUCAUGAUCUUCCUGAUCGAACACGUGAUGCCUGAAGGCUAUUUCGACCAAUCAUUGGGAGCUCUCUCUGUGGAUAUGAUUGUUAUGAAAGAUUUGAUGCUUCAACGCUUACCAACCACGAUUCAGCACCUCGAGACACUGCAGAGUUUU